AUGAACGGAAUUUUCCCUGCCGACCUCGCGGUCUAUCUUUUAUUAGCCCCAAUCGUCGUCUACAUCUUCUAUACGCAUCGAUGGUCCGGUUUUCUUCCAUGGUACUAUCUCAGCGUCUUUUGCCUGGCAAGAAUUAUUGGAGGCAUCCUCGGUGUCUACGAUAGCGAUGGACUGCCUGCCAACAUCAUUCAAAGUGUUGGAAUCACACCUUUGAUUCUCGCUGCCGAUGGAUUAGUUCACGAAGGACGAGUCUACCGCAACCCAAAUGCUAGUCGCCUGCUCGGCUGGUCUGUCGUUAUCGCGACUACAAGUAUUAUGCUUGUUGCAGUCGCCCUCACGAUAACGGGAUCCUUGCAUAUCUACGAAGGAAUCCCCCAGUCAGGAAGUUAUACAGAGUGGAAGGUUGGCACUGUUUUGACAGCCGUGUGCUGGGCUUUUCAACUACUUUGGUCAUUAUUCUCUUUACUACCUAGCAGUGGUUUAAAGGGCGCUCCUGGGUAUCAUGGUGGUACCGCUCUUAUCCAGGGUGCCUUUGUUGCUCUUAUCUUCAUCGCCGUGCGUGUUAUCUACGGCCUUGUCUACGUUUUUACCGGGCGACGAGAUCUCAGUCCCAUUUAUGGAUCGCUUGCUGUUCGUAUUCUUCUCAUGUUUCUUCCUGAAGUCUUUGCCGCUGUUACGAUGAUCGUUGUAGGUGUUCGAACAAGACAUAUUCGGGAGACUAAGCAUGUUCCUCGGUACCAUGGAGUCGGGGCGUGA